UGCUGCUCCCAACCAGCAGCUAGGAUCAAAACCCAAUGACGACGCGUAGCAAGGUCAAGUCAAUCGGUCCUCAUUUAUUCCUAAUUCUAUAUGGUUAUAGGAUGCCAUCCAGCAUUACAGGCAGAGGCAGCCCAAGAACGCGGCUUCAUUCCAAGAAAACAGUUGCCGGCCGCAUUCAUGGACGGCGGCGGCGUCCGGGUCGUCUCCCGGCGCAUGGUGCGCCCGUUGACGCCGCCGCCGCCGAUGGCGAACGGCAACGGCUGCCAUCCACCCAAGGCGGAGGUCGAGGUGAUCCACCUCACGCCCUGGGACCUACGCCUCAUCAGCAUCGACUACAUCCAGAAGGGCAUCCUCCUGCCCAGGCCUCCGGUCUCCGGCGCCAGCCUCGUCAACGCCCUCCAGUCCUCGUUCGCGCGCGCCCUGCGCCUCUUCUAUCCCUUCGCCGGCCGGCUCGCCGCCGAGGAGCUUGGCGACGGCACCGUGUCCGUCUUCCUGCGGUGCACCGGCGAGGGCGCCGAGUUCGUGCACGCCGUGGCGCCGGGGGUCGCCGCCGCGGACAUCGUCUCCUCGCUCUACACGCCGCCCGUAGUCUGGGAGUUCUACCCGCUGGCACGGGUUCUCGGCGCCGACGCCGCCAUCGGACCGCUCCCCGUGCUGGCCGUCCAGGUCACCGAGCUCGCCGACGGCGUGUUCUUCGGCAUGACCUUGAACCACUCCGUCGGCGACGGCACCGCCUUCUGGCACUUCUUCAACACCUGGUCGGAGAUCCACCGAGCCGGCGGCGACCUGCGCGGCGGUCUCUCCACGCCGCCGCCGGUGCUCCAGCGGUGGUUCCACGAGACCUGCCCCGUGCCGAUCCCCAUGCCAUUCCGCAAGCUGGAGCACAUCGUGAAGCGAUUCGAGCGCACGGCGGUGCAGGAGUGCUUCUUCACCUUCUCCGGCGCGAGCGUCAGGAAGCUCAAGGCCCGGGCGAACGGCGAGAUGGCCAUGGCCGGCACGGCCGACGCCGCCAUCUCGUCGCUCCAGGCGGUCCUGGCGCACCUCUGGCGCGCCGUGUGCCGCGCCCGGCGCCUGCCGCCGGAGCAGGGCACGUUCUACUCGGUGGUCGUCGGGUGCCGGGGGCGCGUCGGCGGCAUCCCCCCGGGCUACGUCGGCAACGCCAUGGUGUUCGGCAGGGCGGCGGCCACCGCCGGCGAGAUCGAGGAGAAGGGGCUGGGCUGGACGGCGUGGCUCCUGAACCGCGCCGUGGCGUCGUUCGACGAGGCGAGCAUGAGGGAGUCGCUGGAGCGGUGGGUCCGGGAGCCGGACUUCACGUACGUGGGCAACCUGUCGUCCGGCGGCACGGCGCUGGUGACGGGGAGCUCGCCGCGGUUUGACGUGUUCGGGAACGACUUCGGGUGGGGGAAGCCGGUGGCCAUCCGGAGCGGCGCCGGGAACAAGGUCGACGGCAAGGCGACGGUGUUCGAGGGGCCGGAGCGGGGAGGGAGCAUGUCGCUGGAGGUGUGCAUCGCGCCGGACGCGCUCGCGAGGCUCGUCGCCGACGAGGAGUUCAUGGACGCGGUGAGCAUGCCGGGGUUGUUGACCGCCGUGCGGCAUUAAUCGCAUCGUUGACAAGCUGCCGUGAUGCACAUGCCCAUGCAUGACCGCCUCGACGGUUGAUGAUGAAGAAUCAACACUCGUGGUUUGUUUAUUUUGGCUAAUUAUUAAGUAUACUACAACUGUUCCAAAUUAUAGUUCGUUUGACAUUUUUUUACAUUAAAUUUGACCACUCAUCUUAUUUAAAAAAAUAUAUGCAAACAUUAUCAAAUUGAAGACACUCUUGGAGAUUUUGUAUUGAUAAAGAAACCCACGACAAAAAAGUGAUGUUUUGCACAAAUUUUUGAACAAGAUGAAUGGUCAAAUUUGGCAUCAAAAAAGUCAAACUACUUAUAAUUUGAAACAGAGGGAGUAUGUUGGUGUGUACUUGUUUCUUUAGUAGUUUUUGCAUUGUGAGUCGUCAAACAUUAUUUGAAAAUUAUGAAGUUAGAUGUCGUGUUUGAGGAGGUGUCACAACGAUUAUUACUAGUCUAAAAUAUCCAUACUUGAGAGUCGUUGGCAUUA